UUAUCCGCCUCUCAAAUGUCAAACUUGUCAGCUCUUUGAUCCUAUUCCUUGCCCAAUAAUUUAAGCUUCCUUCCCACUACCCGACACUUCUCCACAGCCACCGCGCGAGAGAUGUCAGAUCCAACCAAUGACAUGCUUCCGCCACCGUCUUCUCCGACUAGCUCCUCCGUCUCCUCCUCCGAUCUCGACACUGAGUCCACAGGUUCUUUCUUCCACGAUAGAAGCACCACAUUAGGCACUCUCAUGGGCGUCACUUCCACUGCCAUUGCUUUCAGAGCACCCUCUCAGCCACGUGAUACAAACUCGAUUACCGUCGCCGGUGCCGGUGCUGGUUCCGUUGUGUCUUCGUCAACUGGGGCGAAUCGCAACAACAAGAAAAAGAAGAAUAAAAGAGCUCCGGUGGAACUACUGCGGCGGCGAAGAUGGUGGAGGCUUUGUAGUGAUGGCGAGGCAAAGCCGGCGUCCCUUGGAGAGUUUCUGGAAGUUGAACGGAGGUUUGGAGAUGGAGCUUUAUACGGUGAUGCUGCGGCGGAGCUUGAAGGCGUGAUGGUGGCGCCGCCUAGGGAUGGAGUAAAUGGACGGGUUUUGUUCGCCGAUGGGAGGGUUCUGCCUCCGGCCGGUGAGAUUGAUGAUGGAACAUCAACGGCUGGGAUUCUUUGUAGAUUUCCGGUUUCACUUACUGGGAUAUGUAGUGGUGGAGUAGUAUAGAUUAAAAUUUUAUUUUAUUUUAUUUUUAUUUAUUUGUUAUUAA